AUGCCAGGUGGAUGCCAGGUCACCAUGAUGCCCUGGAAGAUGGUCAUUGUUGCACUAUUUUACUGCAAUAUCCACACAUGUGCCACUUAUCGGCAUAACAAAGUCCUUUACCCAUCAACUGUUCGAGUGAAGAGAGGAAUGGCAUCAAUGGUGAACCCCACUUUUCAGAACUCCAUAGAGGAUGUCAAUUUACUAUUUGAGAUCCUGCUGGCUGGCCUGCAGUUUGGAGACGAGCACACUCUGUUCUCCGUGCAGGACGAGGAGUUGGCCUCCCUGCGGAAGACCAAAAAGCUGGAAGUCAUCUGCGAGGACAUCCUGCCCAAAACACUCUCUGAUAUCCGUCGCCUGACCUCUUACCUUUCCAAUCACAUGGGCCACCUGCGCCUGGAGGACUUUGAGCGCACUGUGCUGACCAUGGUGUACACCGCCCAGCGGCUGGCCAACGCUACCACAGACCAGCAAAGAGACUUGUGGGCAGAGUCCUUUGUCAGUUUGUACAGAGCUAUCAAGCUGGACCUGACAGCUGAGAACGACCUCACAGCUAAAUGAUAUCGCAAUGUUAGGGAUUGAUACUGCCUUUAUUUCCAGAUCUCUAUUGGAGAAGGAAUUUCUCUCAUUUUCUAUUAUUGAUUAUAGAUACAAUGUUUCAGCAUGAUAUUCUUGGCAACCCUUGAGUACUAUCGUAUCACAUGGACUUAAAAUUAAAGUUUCUGAGAUAUACUUUAA